AUGAUUAAGAGUUCGCGCUCGGCCAAGCAAAGACCACGGUACCAUGUUCUCCGGUUCUGGACAUGGGAAAUACUUUCACUCAUCGUGGCCAUUGGGCUGAUGGCUGCGACUGUUGGGAUCCUCGCUCAUUACCAAGGCCAGCAAGUUCCUGAUUGGCCGCUGUCUAUAAAUUUGAACACACUGGUGGCAUUACUUUCGACGAUUCUGAGGGCCGCCAUGUUGGUGGCAGUCGCGGAAGUCAUCGGGCAGUUAAAGUAUGGGCAUUUUGCCAAGCCGCAAUCUUUGAAGCAUCUGCACGACUUUGAUCGGGCCAGCCGCAGUGUCAAUGGAUCUAUCAAGCUAUUGUUCGUCGCACCGAAAAGUCUAUUGGCUGUCACUGGCGCUCUGGUCACGAUCAUAUCUUUAGCCAUUGGCCCAUUCACGCAGCAGGCCAUUAGAUCGGUGACGUGCCCACAGUUCGUGGCAGACAUGAAUGCAUCUAUUCCGGUAUCGCAUUUCGUGCCUGGACGCGCUGUCUAUUAUCGAAUAGGGGCUGGUCAAUGGGAAGUUGACACAGACAUGAAAGGUGCAAUGAUUAACGGCUUGACGAAUCCUGCUGGCAACGACUCUGCCAUUGUCGCAACUUGUCCGACGGGCAACUGCACCUUUCCCGUUGACUCAAGCAACAUUACCCACUCUUCAAUAGGUAUGUGCAGUGCUUGUAUCGACACUACUGGAUUCGUCACCAAAACCGAGAAUCUCACUACCAACUAUACCAUGCCAAAUAACCUCUGGCUCUCACCGGGCUCAGGUCAUGCGUAUCUCAACGUCAUGAUUGAUUAUAACCUUACAUGGGCAGAGUCUGCCUUUACGGGUGGGUUCGGAGCGAUAGCACGCGGCGCCCUCACCAACUUUACCACCAUGACAUUUACCCAGUCGUCGUGCUACAAGAACAGUGAAGGAGUGAUAGAAUGCCCUCACAACGUUACUGGAUAUGUUGGCCUCUCAGACUAUGUUGCCACGUCAUGCUCAGUAUAUCCAUGUCUCACGAAUUAUCAUGCCGACAUGAGCUCCGGGGCGCUGGAUGAGCAAGUCGUAUCUACUAUACCUGCGCCUGUCAACUGGGUCGAAGCAAACAUAAGUGUGGAUGGCUUCAGCUCCGGGGCGAACUACACGGCACUCAAGUCGCCCUGUUUAAUUGACAAUGUCAUGUACGACAAAACGAACUUCUCCGAGGUGUCACAGCCUUCGAACCGGACAAUGACAGGCAUAAACGUCGAUGGGACGAAUUACACAGUUCCAGACGAAUGUCUUUACAAGGUAGAAUGGCUCUAUGGUGCCGCACUGAACGCUUUUAUGAGCGAGACAGUCUUCAGUGGGUCCUGUUCGUACGAUCAUAGUCAGGGCGGUUCGCUUUACUGCUCCAACUCAUGGUGGCUCUCACCACUAUACAAUCAACAGAAUGCAUCAUUUGAGUCAAUCAGUAAUCGGAUCGGUCAGUAUACCACGGCGAUUACCCACAAAUUUCGGACAGUGGGUUCGAGUAACUCUGACUACUCGACGAAAGAGUCGACAUUGGGCACUGUUAUCGAGAUGACCGUUUGUACUGAAUUCGAUUGGCGUUGGUUACUGAUGCCGCUAGCCUUGCUGGUCGCAUCAAUAGCGAUGCUUGUGCUGAUGAUGAUACGCAACUAUGCAGACCAUCCAAGACAGCCGGUAUGGAAGAGUUCUGUUCUCCCGCUCUUGUUUCAUGGACUCGAUAGCGCGCCUCGCACGAACUCUGGACCUGCUAUGGAACUGGAUCAAAUGAAGGAGCAGGCAAACCAGAUUAAGGCUAAAUUUCAAACUGGGGCAGCUGCAGGUUUUGUAGAUAUGACGGACGCUGGCAAGGGCAGUAUUAGAAGCAGAGAUGUGGACAUGGACUCCUUGGUGAGCUCUCGGCAACUUUAA